CAUCUUCUUUUUGUCUGUCAAUCUUUGAUGCAGAUCUGCCGCAUUCGCGUUUGCUAAUUUGUUUUUCCUCAUUGUGAAUGGUUGUGAUGGUGAUUUAGGGAUUUGUGAUUGUAAUGUGGAAUAUGGUUUAUGAUUUUGAUUUUUCAAGAUCUCUGUUUCUGUAUUCUCUUGUUCCUACAGUUUGUGAGAAGAUUUCUACUGCUGUUGAUGCAUUCGUUCUUCUUUCGUACAUUUUUCUCGCUCGAUUUGCUUCUUAUUGGAAUUUGGAAUUUGGAAUUUAUCGAGAAAAGAUGAGAACUGUGAAGGUCAGCAAUAUCUCGAAGGCUACUUCGGAGAGAGAUAUCGAAGAGUUCUUUUCAUUCUCUGGUGAAAUCCUUUAUGUUGAAAUGCAAAGAGAAACUGAAAAUACUCAGGUUGCUUAUGUUACAUACAAGGAUUCUCAAGGAGCAGAUACUGCAAUCCUUUUGACAGGAGCAAAAAUUGGUGAUCUAUCUGUAACAAUUGGUCUGGUUGAGAAUUAUCAUCUUCCCCCAGACGCAAUGUCAUCAAUCCUGGAUAAAAGGCAAACUGUUACUGGGAAUGCUCCGAAUCAGGCAGAAGACGUCGUAAGUACAAUGCUUGCUAAGGGCUUCAUCUUGGGGAAGGAUGCUGUCAAUAAGGCAAAAGCGUUCGAUGAACGACACCAGUUGACAUCGAAUGCUUCUGCGACCGUCACGUCCAUAGAUCGCAAGAUGGGCAUAACGGAGAAGAUAACUGCAGGCACAGCAGUAGUAAAUGAAAAGGUCAGGGAGAUGGAUGAAAAGUUCCAGGUUUCUGAAAAGACGAAAUCCGCUCUCGCAGUGGCCGAGCAGAAGGCAAGCAGUGCAGGAACUGCGCUCAUGAAUAACUAUUAUGUGUUUACUGGAGCAGCAUGGUUUUCAAAUGCAGUAACUGCUGUUACAAAAGCUGCUGAGGAAGUGACUCAGAUGACCAAGGCGAAAGUCGAGAAAGCCGAGGAGGAGAAAAAGGAGAGUAUAUACCGCGAAAGAACUGGGAUCAUCAACAACUUCGCCGAGCUCCAUCUCGACGAGCCAUUACCAGGGGAGCCUGCUAUUGUUCCAGUUAAUUCAGCUGAUAGAUAAACAGUAAGUUGUGCAUCAUAUUCAUGAAAGCAGAAAUCCUACACUUGUGAAUUACUUUGCUUACUCAUUUUGCUGUAUGAUAUACAUUUCAUCUAGAUGUUGAAAUGUUGCGACAUUCUUUUGGGUACAAAAAAAUUACUUUUUGGAUACUUGAUUGUAUACCGUUUCACUUAACUAAUGUAAUUUGUAAUUUACAAAUAUAGA